AUGAAGAAGAAGAAGAAGAAGAAGAAGAAGAAGAAGAAGAAGAAGAAGAAGAAAAAGAAGAAGAAGAAGAAGGUGGGCUCACCGGAACAGGUUUAUUAGGAUGCUGACGUUUCGAAGAGCUUGGUCGGCUCUCCAUUGUCAAAGCGUAAAAUGCACUCAAUCCACCAGAGAUCCCAAGUGGCGUGUCACGUUGGACGGCCUCCUGCUGGUCGAUUUUUUUUCUCUAUCUCUCCUCUCGCUGCCGCGGCCUAUCAAGGGAUGGUUGACUGGUGUUUUGUCUGCGUGCAUUGUAAGUCACCACUCCGCCGGGGAGGAGGUGACUGAACCAGUGUCGGGUGGGCGGUUUGGCGGUUCUUCUUCCUCACCGAGUAAACUCGCCGUCGGGCUGCCUCCGUAUGGCCUCCUUAAGCCCGGUGUGGUUGUUUGGUCCUGAGCUCUACGAUUGUGAUGACGUAGGACUUUGUAGGCUGCAGGAAGGUCCUGAUGCCUGUUUAUGGAGUGGGCAUCGGAGAACCACGCCUCAAGAGUUAGCCGUUCUGCUUUUGUGUUGCCCCGGCCUAAGAUUGUAGCUCGCUGGAGAUCGAAAGUAUGCCCAGUUUCUCCAAUGUGUGUUGCUAAUUGAGAAUUUGGGUCCAACCUCCGAGUAGCUGAUUUGUGCUCCUGUAGGCGAGUCUGCAAUUUCAGCCCGGUUUCUCCCACAUAGUUGCAGUCGCCAUCUUUGCAAUUUAUUUUGUAGAUAACUGCAGAGGUUUCGGCGGGUGACAAGGGGUCCUUCGGUUGCAUCAGACGGCGUCGAAUUUUUGCCUGUGGUCGGUGGGCUAUGCCUACUCUGGCCGGUUGUAACAAUCGAGAGACCGCCUUAGAGACCCCUUUAACGUAG